AAUACAAGCGAAUCUAGCUGUAUUGUUUUGGCAGGAGAAUUCAAUCUUCCCGCACUUGACUGGACUACAUUCGAUGAACAAAUCCCUACUACGGCCGGAGGUCAACUGGAAAACAGUUUCUGCGAUCUGUUUGAUGAUAAUUUCCUACAGCAAUUCAUUCUUGGUCCUACCCACAACUGUGGCAAUAAACUUGACCUUCUUCUAAGUAACUGUCCUGAAAUUAUUACGAAUGUCGAAACAUCUACUCCCGAACAGUGCAAAUUUCCAACCGAUCAUUAUAUCGUCGAAUUUCAGAUCAAACUUAAAUUUAAGCGAGCCAGGAAUGUCAAACGUCGAAUUUACAACUACAAAAUGGCAAACUUUGAAGGUUUGCGUAGCUGCUUGUCCAAUGUACCGUUUGAGAACGCUUUCUCGGAUGAUAUUGUCCAAUACUGGUCGAAUUGGAAAGACUUAUUCUUGACGGCUGUGAAUAAAUUCGUCCCUGUUAAAACCAUUAAAGACAUAAAUUCCCCCCAAUGGAUUGACGGCGAAGUUCGUCAGCUUGUCCGUAAGAAAUACGCUGCACUCAAGAAAUUCCGCCAGAAUAGAUCCAUCAUCCGUAAGCAAAAGUUGCGUUGUAUAAGUCAAAACAUCAAGAGUUUGAUCAGAAAAAAACAUCGCGAAUAUCUAGAAAGAGUCGAAAGUUCGUUCAACAAAAACCCGAAGUUUUUCUGGAGCUACCAUAAAGCCAUUCUACACCAUAAGGAACAACACAACGCGGUUGUUACUUACAAAGAUAUUACAGCCAAAACUCCAGCAGAGAAAGCUGAACUUUUUAAUUCAUACUUCUCAUCUGUGUUUGUACCAUCAAAAUCCACCACUGACACUGACAAUAACUUAGACUCUUUUGAUCCCGAUACCCAAAUAUCUGAUAUAACCUUAACAACGGAAGAAGUUGCUGCGUGUCUGUAUAAUCUGGACAUCUCUAAGGCAAGCGGCCCAGAUGGCAUUCCAGCAAGAAUUCUAAAGGAAUGUAGCGACCAAAUCGCACCUAGCAUUUGUGACCUGUUGAAUCAUUCGCUACGCACUGGGCGCCUUCCCUCCGAAUGGAAAUCAGCUGAUGUUACACCCAUUCACAAGAAAGACCUUAAAGAACCCGUUGAAAAUUACAGACCGAUUUCCCUCCUGCCUAUCAUCAGCAAAGUUUUGGAACGUUGUGUUUCCAGGAGAUUCUACGAUCACAUCAUUCACCUCAUCACACCAUCACAACAUGGUUUUCUUAGAAACCGUUCGUGUAUCACUCAGCUUGUCCAAGUUCUUCACUCUGUUGGUCAGUGUCUUGACAAAAACCUUCAGUCUGAUAUAAUUUACCUUGAUUUUGCCAAAGCUUUUGAAUCUGUAGAUCAUCAAAUACUUCUAAGAAAACUCAAGUCAUAUGGCGUUACAGGGCGUCUUCUCGACUGGUUUCGUGAUUAUUUAAGCGGACGUACCCAAAGAGUUGUUGUCGAAGGUGUCCCAUCAAGCUGGGUUCCUGUUAUCUCUGGCGUGCCACAAGGAAGUAUCCUGGGUCCGAUACUUUUUGCUGUCUUCAUAAACGAUCUUCCGGAAGUAAUAUCCAAUGGCUCUCCGGAAGCUAUGUAUGCUGAUGAUACAAAAUUGUUUAGAAACAUCAACUCUACAACUGACGGUGAUUGUCUACAAGAAUCUUUAUCCAACCUCGAUAAGUGGAGCCAUGAUAAUAACAUCAAGUUCAACGCAUUAAAAUGUAAGGUUUUGAGCGUGACUCGAAAGAAAUAUCCCGUGACUUACAACUAUCAUCUGGGUUCAUCUUCGUUGCUUCGUGUCCGGAAAGAAAAAGAUCUCGGCAUCAUCGUGACAGACAAUCUCUUGUGGAACUCGUAUAUUCAAAUGAUAACAGCUAAAGCUAACAAGAUGCUUGGUCUCCUAAAGAGAACUUGUCCUUUAUUGACGGAAACCAAAAUCCGGCGUUCAUUAUACAUAUCGCUUGUAAAGUCGAAGUUAUGCUAUGGUACUGAAAUUUGGUCUCCAUCCAAUGUCUCCCUCAAAGUCAAGAUCGAAAGAAUACAACGACGCGCGACAAGAUGGAUCCUAAGAUCAAGAAUAGGUGAGAUAUCAUACCAGGAGAGACUUCAGACUUUGGACAUGCUGCCGCUGUGUUAUGACAGAGAAAUCCAAGACUUGGUCUUCUUCUAUAAGGCACUAUACGGUUACGUAGACUUAGACAUAGGCAAUUAUGUUAGUUUUGUUAGUCAUGAUCGUUCUCGACUAACCUUAAAUCCUAGUCUAUUACUUCAAGUGCCGUUAUGUAGAACAACUACGUUUAAAAACUCUUACUUUAAUCGAACAGUUCAUUUAUGGAAUGUAGUGUGCAGAGCUGCAUCACCUAAUAACUUCGUGACAUUAUUUACUUUUAAGAACUUUCUUCGUCGGACUUAUUCGUUUUUACGUAAUUCAGUUUUUGACGUAGACAUGCCAUGUACCUGGUCUCUUGUUCGAGACUGUCCAUGUCACAGAAACUAAAAUAAUGUAUAGUUCUUUGAUUGAAGUAAAGUUCGUUUCGUGUACAUGCCCAAGUCACAUGUUUUCAAAACCAAGUUAGUUUUAUUUUCCGUACAAUUUUUCCAAAAUCUACAUGCAUUUUACGUAUUUGGAGAUCCUGUGGGUAUGCGCAAAUCGAGCUUUACCUCAACUAUAAUUUAUAGUGUAAUGUAAUUUUUUGUGUAAAGUUUGUAAGGGAGGUGCCUCGCAUGGGCUUUUUCUGACCCGUUUGCACCUUUCCUUUUGGGAAACACCCAUUUAUCGUUAUUGUUAGUAUUCCCAAUAAAGUUAUAAAAGACCAUCCAGCUAUUCAAAAACAGCAUUGACACUCAAGGGAAGCUCAGAUUGAACCUCCACUCUUUGAGUACGAGUGUGAGUGAGCUUUUAGAAUACAGGCGUAAAACAAUUAUUCGCCUCAGGCUCGGUGAUUUCGGGGGAUAUUCACCUCGACUUUGUCUCGGUGAAUAUUCCCCGAUAAUCAUCUCGGCGAAUAUUCAGUGCAGUUAUAGCGUUAUAUUAUUCAGUACAGUUAUAACGUUAUAUCAUAUUAUAUUCAGUACAGUUAUAACGUUAUAGUAUAUUAUAUUCAGUACAGUUAUAACGUUAUAUUUUUCAGUACAGUCAGCGUUUUUUUGUUAUUAAUAUUAAGAAACAUAAAUACACUUGCAAUAAUAGUAUAAUACCACUUGUUUCUUUCAGCUUAUUGGUUGGCAUUACUUGAUGUGGGUAGUCUGGACAUUCUUGAUUCCAAUAUUUAUCAUACCGGUUAUAUUCAUGGCAAUAUUCUAUGGAGUUUGUGCCAUCAAAAUCACCAAACAACUUGGACAGACCUGCAUUUUCUUUGAAGAAUACGGUAUAUACAUGCAAAAAUGUUGAAUGACGGUGCACGAAUGUAGUUCUUUUAAUUCUUUCUUGUUACAAGGUAGAAUGGUGUAAGGUUUAAUUGAAGAGUGAUUUAUUUGCCUAUGUCGCCAAACUGUGAAAUUGUUUUCUGGAAGCAAGAUUUAAAAAAAUGUCUUUCAUAAUGAUGACGACCAAAAUGCUGGUUUCAUUAAAACACAUUAAUAAAAAGAGCAGAAUUUAAGUUUUCUUUUAUGGCAGAUGACACAAAUUUCUCCUUUAAAAAAUUAACAUUAAAAAUUUGUGAAUACAAUUCUGAGUAUAUGUGAACGAGGCGACUGCCGAGACCUUUGAGCCUCGUUUUCAUGUUUUAUUAAUAAUAUCACGCGCAACACGUUAUUCUACUUGCCGACAAUCGUACCUUUUGAACUGAUGACAACUUGCAUGUUAGACUAAAUUUUAAUCUAAGUAAAGAGAAGGAAAUCAAACACCACAGCUAAAAAGAACAUAAUGAAAUUAGUAAAAUUUGGUUGCGAUAUGUUGUAAAGCUUGGAAAAUAAAGUCUUGCAAAUUUUGUAUAUGUUUGUAUUACGUGCGGAAAUUGUUACCAUUUUCGGCUCAAAAAUGGUCACAAUUUCCGCACGUAUAUUAAAUACAAACAUAGCCUAUACAAACUUCGCAAGGCUAUAUUUUCCGUAUUUUACAACAUUUCGUAACCAAAUUUUGCCAUUUUACUAAUUUUAAUAAGUUCUUUACGGGAAUUUACUUUUCUUUUGCCUAUAUAAAAAAUUAGUCUAACAUGCAAGUUGUCUAUUGUUUUGCCAUUUAAGUUUAACGAUAGUCUUCUCUGACUUAUGCUUGGUUUUCAAGCUAAGUAUGCUGUGAUGUACAAUAUGUCUCACAUAAUAAUGUAAUUCUAUGUUUUCAGCUCUUGACGAUGUGUUUGGUGUGAAAGAAGUUUGUGGCAAUGAAUUAAUUGUUUUCUGCACUGCGGUAAGCAAACAAAUAUCAUCGAGUUACACGUAAUUUCACAUACAUAUACAUGUGCUAUUCCUAAAGUUAUUUAAUUAAAUUAUAUUUGGUGCUCGAAAUUUGGCGUUUAUUUCAUUUUCUAACGUGGGGAAAUCUAUUUUAAGAUGAAAGGAAAAAAGUCAUGUCUUGUUGUACGACCACAUUUUUACAUCUUUAUAGAUGGAACGACUAUAAAAAAACAAGGGACAACUGGCUCACAAGUUUUUGAGAACUGUCAUCAUAUGCAUGGGAACACAUUUAGCAAAUACAGUUAUAAAUUUACAACGUAAAUCUUCGUUGCAUAAUAGGUUCACUAAUUGAGCAAUCUUAAAGAAACUACGAAUGACCAUAACUAACGAUAUAUUUAAAAAUAUUUUUCAGAUGAGCAAUGCAACACCUUACUUCAUCUUUUGUUUUGUUGGAACAAUUUUUGUCGUUAUUGGUGUGGUAUGUAUCACGUUUCCAAUUUGACAAUAACUCUAUUUCUGAAAUAGAGGAAUGGUAUAAAAGGUGCAGUUUUAACUGCACGUCAACGAAAAAAGAAACGUUUCAUAUAUUUAUAUAAUUACAAAGAGUACAUGCACGUCUACUGAAGAGAUAGGAAAAUAGCACUAUUGGUAUAAUUUCCAACCAUUUAGCACUCGCAAGGAAGUGAGAGAUAAUAUAUAGCAGAGAAUAAAGCUGUGGAUCGAUAGGGAUACAACUACCUGAAAAACACAUGGAGAAUUUGAAGUUCUCUUUGUAUUUUUCAGGUAUAGUUGUAUCCCUAUCAAUUCGCAGCUUUUUUAUUAUUAGUGAGGUUCAGAUUUGACGUCCACUACCGCUACCGUUAAGGGACCAUUAGCCAAUCAGAUGUGUUUGAUAUAACCGAUCAACCAAUCACAUGUUUAUACUAAGCCAGUGAGAGGUAGUGGUUGUCAAAUCUGAACUCUCUAUAGGUACUAUCUACACUGCUACAGACUCUUCAAGAUGAUAUCUCAAACUCAUUAAUCAUUCAUGAGUAAAUUAGCCAACCAUGUUGCUUUAUUUCGUUCACAUGAUAAUACUGGAUACCCGGUGAAGUAGUAAUGACCCAGUCCUACGACUGGAUCAAAAUUCAGUCCUAGGACUGGAUCAAAAUUAAUUCAUCCCACUUUAAUUAAUUAUUUAUUCGUAUCAGAGAUGUAAUAUUUGAAAACUGACUAUGAGGACUGGACUAAAUUUCAAGUCCUAGCAUUUUGAUCCAGUCCUCGGCUUCGCCUCAAACUUGAUCAAAUUGCGCAGACUUGAAAUCUAGUCCAGUCCUCAUAGUCGGUUUUCAAAUAUUACAUCUAGCACACUAUGAUAGUUUAUGCUUUUGACAGUGCAUGGCUGCAUGCACACCAACAAUAUUCCUAAUCUUUUCACGCAGGUGAAUAUGAUGCUGACUCUGGCAGCAAAUUACGCUCACAUCAAAGAUCAUCGUACGAGACCAAAACAAUCUGAAUUAUCAGUAGGAAGGAAAUGCUGCCUGGUUGAAGACCCUGAAGAAUACUUUACUACAGACGAUGAAGAGGAAGCGACCGAGCAACUGAUUACAUUGGAAACCAAGUUGAAGAAACAUAAUGAAGGAUUUGAAGUGAAUAAAAAAGGACAUAUUGAACAUGGUUGGAACUACAUGAGCCAUUCUUCAAGUGAUGAAAAACUUAUUAUUGGGAAGAAAUAUUAA